AUGGAUCAAACCCCGGUCGCCACCAUCGCCAGGUUGGAAGCCGAGACUGAGGCCGUCCUUCAGAGUGUGCUGGCGCCUUGGCAGAAGUUGCACGCCUUGCGGGCCUUCAUCGUUCCGCAGCUGGAGUUCAACCUCAAGACCGCACGGAUCCGCAAGGCUGCACUUAGGAGCCUGGACAGUAAGAUCAAGUGUGGUGUGAAGAGGAUCUUCAACGUCCCUUCACGCGCCAGUGCCGAGUUGGUCUUGCUUUCACCUUCCUGCGGCGGGGCUGGACUCGUCCCGCUGGCUGACCUCUCGGACCUGGCCGCCAUCAACCACGCGUUCAGGUUCCUCACCUCACCGGAUGCCAGGGUGGCUUCGCUUGCGCUGGAGGGAUUAGCGGCCUCUGCGGGCCAGAGGAGUGCUGCCCGCGCCGGAAUGGAGUUCCUUGUGGGAUACCUCAACGGCGACUUCUCCGGGAACUCCAAUGUCGCCACCACUUUUUCUACCGCGCGGGCAGCCUUGAAUAGGCUGAAGAAACGCCUACCUGACCUGCGCUGGGGUUGGUGUGCCGGCAGGGCAACAUUUCAAAUCACGAUCCCUAGGGAUAGGGCCCUCAGGAUCGUCGACAGGGGCUCCCGUCACACGCUGUCCGCCAAUCUGCGCUCCUCGCUGCAGCAGCACUUCAGGGCCAUCCUUUCCGCGAAACCCGACCAGGGAAGGGUGGCCAGGGUCACCACCACCUGCGCCACUGCCAAGCACAUGCUGCACGAGGGACGCUACACACGCUUUGCGGACUGGCGGUUUGUUCACCGGGCCAGGUUGAAUGUCCUCCCUCUCAACGGCAGCCGACGCUGGGGAGUCAACGAUCGGCGUUGUAGGCGGUGUGGUCAACACGACGAGACCACCGCCCACGUGCUCUGCCACUGCACCUCCAGCCUCGCUACUGGCAUCACGCGUAGACAAAACGCCGUCCAGGAUCUCCUCGUCGCUGCCAUCAGACCUGCGGAAGGAGUUGAGGUCCGCGUGAACCAGCGGGUGCCCCUACAAGCGCUGCUCCAAGGCCGAGACGAUUUCCCGGAGGAGAUGGUGCGCUGCCGUCCGGAUGUGGUGAUGAUCGACGCUCACAACAAGAUCGUCAAGAUCGUCGACAUCGCCGUUCCGUACGAGGACGGCUGGCGGGCCAUCGAAGCUGCGCGGGAGAGGAAGCUGGACACCUAUGGACCACUCGCCCGGAUGCUGACGGCCGGGGGCUACAGGACUUCCGUGGACGCCUUCGUCGUCGGCUCCCUGGGUGCGUGGGACAGUGCCAACUGGGGGACCCUGGCGCGUCUCGGGAUCCACCGGAGAUACGGAAAAUCCCUCCCCCGCCGCUGCGUUUCCGAGGCCAUUCGCUGGAGCCGGGACAUAUGUCACCCAUUCCUUCGAGUGGAGAAAGGAAAGAAGAAGAAGGAGGAGGAGGGGAAGAAGCAAAGCACUCUCCUACAUUUCAUAGUUGGGCGCAAGAAAAUAUUUUAUAAAUUCAAUAAUAUGUACUGGACAGAAGGCGUCCUGUCGUCAACAUUGGAGAAACAACUAUAUGAGAUCGACACGACUAUUGUAGAAAUGAACGAAUUCCAGAAAAGGUCCAAGCAGAAAAUCAAGGCCUUCAAGGAAGUAAACGUAAUGUUGCAAGUUGAAAUAUUGAAGGAAAAGACACCAAUGCAGGAAAUAUCUUUGCAUCGAAAAGAUGGUGAUGUGGAUCUGCUCAACUUUACAGCAAGGCACUUUGCGGAGUAA